UCGGCUGGUCAUUUGAAGUGGAGACGCCAUGUCCUCUGAGUUUCUAUCCCAAACCAAGGCCCAACUCUCUCUCUCUCUUCCCUGGCCCGUCGUUGGUAUGGUUUCUUGUGCCAUUGAUUUCUCUCCUAUUGCAGAAUCAAUUGAUGAUUUCCGUGGUUGAGGUUCAGCAUCCAUUUCCUGUUGCCUCUAGUUCAGUUCACCAUAUCUUCUUCCAUCCAGAUGAGGGUAGUUACUGAAAGUACAUUGAUUCCAUGGAUGCAGUCAAUCUACUCUCACUCCCAGCUCAGCCAAUCACCUCCCAUUCGUUUCGCCCUCCUUCUUACAGAUUAUCUUUCUGCGCCAGAGUGCAAACCAACGCUUCGACCAGCCUAGCUAUCACCCAGGAGACACCUCGUUACCAGUCAGAGAAUGGGAGCGACGGGUUUGUGGGGAGCCGUCGUCUGUCCCGCCAGCUUAACACCAAGAACCCCACCGGGAUUUCCAGACAGAUUCGUCGUUUCUGUAAACAGGGCAAUCUCGGAAAGGCCUUGGCGGUGUUAGAUUACGCCGAGAAGCGUGGAACUCCGGUGAGUAUCGCCGCCUUUGCUGCUCUCCUGAUCUUCUGCACCAAAGCCAAGUGCCUGAAGGAAGGCAAACAGGUGCACGUCCAUAUUCGCAUCAAUGGUCUCGAAGAGAAUGAGUUCCUCUGCUCCAAAUUGGUCAGCAUGUAUGCUGCUUGCGGUAGCAUGGAAGACUCCAAGUUGGUCUUCUCCAAAUUGCAGACGCGCAGCGUCUUUCCUUGGAAUAAUCUGCUCAGGGGUUCCGUCAUCAAUGGAGGUCAUAGCAAAGACGUGCUGGGGAUUUUCUCGCAUAUGCGAGAGGCGGGAGUCGAGCCGAAUGUAUAUACUUUCUCGUGCUUGUUGAAGAGAAUUGCGGGUUCUUCGGCCCUUCGGCAUGGCAAGAUGAUACAUGCUCACCUGGUGAAAACUGGGUUGUUCUCGGAUUCCAUAAUUCAGACCGUCUUGAUGGAUAUGUACUUUAAAUGCGGCAAGGUCUACCUCGCCCGUCAACUAUUCGAUGAAAUGCGCGAACGAGAUAUUGUUCUGUGGGGUGCAGCAAUUGCAGGAUUUGCACAUAAUGGAUUGCGGAGGGAGGCAAUUGAUUCUUUCCGAGAGAUGUUGAACCAUGGUCAUGUGCCCAAUUCAGUUAUUCUCACGUCCAUAAUUCCAGUUUGUGGGGAUAUGGGUCUGAUCAUGCAUGGUAAGGAGAUCCAUUGCUUUCUGAUCAAGACUGGCUACUUCAAGCAUAUAUUUAUUCAUGCUUCCCUGGUGGAUAUGUAUUGCAAAUGUGAUGAUUUGGUGUUGGGUAGGAGAGUGUUCUACGCAUUCCGACAGAGGAAUGUGGUCACGUGGACCGCUCUCAUUUCUGGGUAUGCCCAUAAUGGGAUGCUGGACAGGGCCUUGAAGUCUGUCAUCUGGAUGCUGCAAGAGGGUGUAAAGCCAGAUUUGGUGACAGUGGCAACCAUCAUUCCCAUUUGCAGCGAGCUAAAAGCCUUAAGAACUGGGAAAGAAAUCCACUGUUACGCGCUGAAGAAAGGGAUUCUUCCAAAUGUUUCUAUAGCAACUUCUCUUAUAGUUAUGUAUUCCAAGUGUGGAGUCACAAGAAGUUCACUUAAUUUGUUUGAGAAGAUGGAGAAGAGAAAUGCCAUCACCUGGACAGCCAUGAUGGAGUCACUUGCAAGAGAUGAUCGCCUGCAUGAUGCACUCGAUAUGUUUAGAUCAAUGCAGCUUUCUAAACAUAGAGCGGAUUCAGUUACAGUUUGUCGAGGUCUAAAUCUUUGUGCUGAAGUAAGAGCCCUGAAGUUGGGGAAGGAGUUGCACGCACAGGUCUUGAAGAAAAAAAUUGAAUCUAAUCCAUCUGUUUCUGCAGAAAUCGUAAGAAUGUACGCUAAGUGCGGGCACAUCCAGACAGCCAAACAGGUCUUUGAUGCGAUAGCUUCCAAGGGUUUGAUUACAUGGACUACUAUUAUAGAGGCGUAUGGAAUGAACAACCUAAGUAUGGAAGCUUUUGCUCUCUUUGAACAGAUGAAAGAGGAUGGUUUUAGUCCCAAUCAUUUUACUUAUGCUGUGCUGAUUGAAAUCUGUCGAAACUGUGGUCUACGAGAAAAAGAAGAAUUAUUUGUGCAAUCCCUAUCGGCUUUGAGUUGAUCUGCUUGGCUACAGUCUAAUUUUGCAGACAAAUGGAAACUGCAGUAUAAGUUUGAGGCUCCUCCGUGUGAAUAUCCAUAAGAGGAAUUUGUCUUGAUAUGCUUUAUUUCAUUGAUUAGAUCAUAGUCUUGUUGUAACAUUAUUUUUUACUAAUUUUAAUGUCGAAUAAUAUCUCCAUUUUUUUAA